AGGAGCGGACAGGGCCGGGAGAGCGGCGGCGGAGGAAGAUGUUCGACGGCCUCAUCAACUCCAAGUUCUACAACCGAUGCAAGCACGCCUUCAAAUGCACCCGGACGCGGCUGGUCGUCAUACGGCGGAAGAAGCAGGCCAUGAUCGGGUUCCUCAAGAAGGACGUCGCCGACCUCCUCACCAACGGCCUCGACAUCCAUGCCUUCGGACGGAUGGAUGCGCUGAUAAUGGAGAUGAACCAUGCUUCGUGCUACGACAUGAUUGAACAGUACUGCGAUUUCCUUGGAAAACAACUCAACAGCCUGCAGAAACAGAGGGAUUGCCCCCAGGAAUCCAUGGAGGCCGUGUCAACUCUAAUUUUUGCUACUGCUCGGUUCCCAGACUUGCCUGAACUGUGCGACUUAAGGCAUAUAUUCACAGAAAGAUAUGGCGGUUCCCUUGAGCCUUUUGUUAGCCUGGAGUUUAUCCGGAAACUUGAGUCUGAAUUGUUUACAAAUGAGGAAAAGUUUCAAGUAAUGCAAAGUAUUGCUGAAGAAUCCUCAGUUGGUUUUGACAUGAGGGCAUUGGAAAUCAAGUUAUGGGCUGCACGGGAGUCUGAGGAUGAUCUUCUUGAAAAGGAUUCAAUGAACAAGGAUGAACCGGCAGUGCCUUUGCCCAUCAAGCAGAAGGAUGAUGGUCGGUUAAAUGAUAAUACUGGAAGGAAGAAUUAUGAUAAAUCUCAUGGUAAGGAACAAUUGGAGAAAUCAGUUUCUCCUUUGGACUUGAAAAGAGAGAAGGCUCAAAAAGAUGAUAAUACCAGAAGGCGGCAUGCUGACAAAGCUGGCGGCAAGGAACAUUUGGAGAAAUCAGUAUCUCCUCUGCAAACGGAAAGAGAGGAAGCUCAAAGGCGAGUUCAGAAACUGAAGAAAAAAGAUCUCCGCCCUUCCGAGAAGGAGCUGAUGGAAGCUGUGGAGCUAGAUAUCAAUGGCCUACCGAAACAAGGUUCUGGUUUGGUGAAAUUUCCUGAGACAGAAAGCAACAGAAUAGUUCCACCAAUUGUGAAGCCAAAAGAAACAAAGAAAGAACUUGGUGUCGAAAAAGAGAAUAACAGGGGGCUUGGCUAUCACCACCGAUCACCCAUACCUGGCCGUCCUGAUUAUACCAGAAGACAUGCAAACUUAGGGUGCAAAGCUCUUGGCCUGCAGAAUCAAGGACCUACUUCACUGAGUCCUACAAGUGGUAAAACUACAAACAGGCCCUCUCCUGGUUCCAAUCCGAAUGGAGCGAAGGGAAGGAAUUGUGAUGAAAAAGAAGAGGGCAACAGUUGCUUGCGUGGCAGACCACAACACUUGGAAGAUCUUGGACACACGGUGCAAAAUGGACAGCAAGCGCCACACAGGGUGGCUAAUGUGCAGCCUCCUUAUGUCAAACCUAAACUUGGCAUGCAGCCUGUGAAGGAUGAUCCUGCAAAACCAAUUGACAGCAACUGCAAUAUGAGUGAAAGGACAGACCGCUUGGUUGACAAAGAUGUGCUUCGGCCUGUUUCUGUUAGAAGGAGGCCAGCAGCACCUGCUUUUGAUGAGGCACCUAACGGUGAAAAGGUCACAAGCCAAAAGGGCAACAGUCACAGGAUACAACCAAGCAAACACAAGGGUGCUACCGAUGGCUAUGACCGGAAGGGCAAUGGUGUUGGUAAUGGCAGGAAUGUUGAGAGAACUCCUAGUGGUCGACCAAGUCACUCAGGCAUGAGAAACGGAGUUCUGUAUGACGAUGACUACGAUGGAUCCAUGCAGCAGCCUAAAGCAGGUGAAGCUGAGGCUAUUGACUUUGGUAAUCUGUUGCCUCGGGCUGCAAACGGUCAUCAUCGACUCAAUAGCAGGAACACUGAUGUGCACGGUGGAGAUCCUGAUGAGGAAGAGAGGAUGAUGGACAAGCUUUUGAUGCAUUAUAGCAAGAAAGGUUCAGGUACAGAUGAAACCAAAACAACAGUAGAAACCAGCAGAACUGCUAACUGUCAUGGAAGAGCAGUCUCGCUACCUCAUGAAUCCGUCAGCCCGGGUGAAGCUGCCAAGGUUCCUGCUCGGUCCACCUCAAUGCGGUCAGACUGUCCUGGGGGUGUGCGCGUGCACCCAAAGAUGCCGGACUUUGAGGAACUGGCUGCCCGGGUCAUGGCCCUGAGGAAUGCUUGAGGAGGAGGCACAAAGAUUGAAUAUAUUUUGCCUGUGUAUACUUUCAGAAUUGGAGCUUUCUGACAGUUUCUUUGCCGUGAGUCAGAGCUCACACCCUUUCUGAAUUCUGAGACUGAAUGGAUGUUAUGUGCAUGUGUUUUCGCCUUCUUCUUUUUUCCAACAUUGGUGUAUUUUUUCCAGCUUGAGUCAUCGCUGCUGGAGUGGGUGGUGCUUGUCUAGAUAGGGGGAAUUGGUACAGGGGUCAAGAGGAUACAGGUGAUAGGAUUUCGGUUUCGUUCUUUUGGUUCAGUCGAUAGCACAUUGGUUUUUGAUGCAUACAGAUACACUGCAGACUGCAGUUCCAGAUUUUUUUCAUUGCUGCAUCAUGUACUAGUACUUCAGAAUUUUUCGAUAUGUGUAAAUUUUGAUUA